GGAAACUGUUCCCCCUGCCUGCCUCAAUGUGACUGCAACGUAGCGGCAUUGGGAUUCAGUGUGGCAGCGAAAGGAACCAGUGAAACCGUGGAAAUCAGAGAAAAGGCAGUCGGUGAAAACUGGGACUUAAGCGGAGGAGACCCCGGCGAAGCCUCGUUCGUUGUCUUUCAAACCCUUCUGACUCGUUUGCUCAGUCUUCCCGCGGUUGGCUGCGGUUUUUCCUCCUAGAAACUCUCCCUGGAUCCGCACAAUGGAUCAGUUGUCUGAUGAGGAGGUGGAGGUCAGGGAGGAAGAGGAGGACGAAGAGGAAGACAGCGACAAGGAGGACCAGGACCUGGAUAAGAUGUUUGGAGCCUGGCUGGGAGAGCUGGACAAACUGACCCAGAGUCUGGAUGACGGGGGUCCGGAGAAUCCCUCUCAGCAGAAAGCUCCCCUCAGACAAGAGACCAACAUGGCCAAUUUCUCCUACAGAUUCUCCAUCUACAACAUCAAAGAGGCACUGAAUCAGGGGGAGAACGUGGAUCUGGAUGCUCUCAUGGCUGACCUUUGCUCUAUCGAGCAGGAGCUGAGCACCAUUAACACCAAACCCAACAGCGCUGGCAGCCUCCCUCGUUUAGGUCUGACCGACACCAAGGUCCGACAGAAACCUCUGGCUGGACGUAGCAGCCGGCAGCAGCCAGCUGGGAGCAGUAGCGGUGGUGGUGGCGGCAGCAGCAGUGUUAAUAGUAACAACAGCAGCACCAGAGCCUCACCAGCCAGCACUGUCAGGGCUCCUAACGGACAACAUGGACGACCAGCCCUAGCCUCGAAUUUCAGCCUGGACGACAUCACGGCUCAGCUGGAAAAGGCGUCUCUAAGCAUGGAUGAAGCCGCUCGUCAGACCUCCUCCCACUCCCUAAGCUCCGGCUCCUCCCACACGUCAGCCUCAAUACAUCGACCAGGAUCCUCUCAACGACAACAUCGACGCACAGGAUCAGUUGGGACAGUUAGCGAGCAUGAGACACAUUCAACUGUCCACUCCUCAUACUUCUCCAUCACAUCAGCCUCAGGGGUUUCCGUCAACUUGGCAUCUUCCAUGGACUCACUGGACAGCAUUCUUCUCACCGAAUGCGAUGGCCAGCAGUUGGCAGUGGCAUCUUCCACUGGUGCAGCUAGUCAGGGUCCUCAUAUCACAGAGCACCCCUAUUUGGACAGGGAGACCUCUCUGAUUCUGAGAAACAUAGCAGGAAAACCUUCCCACCUGCUCACAAAGGAGGAGCAGGCGGCCAAACUGAAGGCAGAGAAUAUACGAGUCGCUCUGGAGAAGAUCAAGGAGGCCCAGGUGAAGAAGCUGGUGAUCCGUGUCCAUUUGUCUGAUGAGAGCUCAAAGACCAUGAUGGUGGAUGAGAGGCAGACGGUCAGACAGGUUCUGGACAGUUUGCUUGAGAAAUCUCACUGUGGUUACAGUCCAGACUGGUCACUGGUGGAAACCAUCAACGAGCUGCAGAUGGAGCGGAUCUUCGAGGAUCACGAGAACCUGGUGGAGAACUUGCUGAACUGGACCAGAGACAGUCAGAACCGCCUCAUGUUCACAGAGCGAAUCGAAAAGUAUGCCCUGUUCAAAAACCCACAGAACUAUUUGCUGGGGCGGAAGGAGACAUGUGAGAUGGCUGAGAGGAACAAAGAGGCUCUGUUAGAGGAGUGUUUCGGUGGAAACUCAGUGUCCGUCCCGGAGAUGGAGGGAGUGUUAUGGCUGAAAGAAGAUGGGAAGAAGUCCUGGAAGAAACGCUACUUUUUGUUGAGAGCUUCUGGCAUUUACUACAUCCCCAAAGGCAAAGCCAAGGCCUCCAGAGACCUGGUGUGUUUCCUCCAGCUGGAUCACGUCAAUGUCUACCAUGGCCAGGACUACAAGAGCAAGUACAAGGCUCCCACUGACUUCUGCAUGGUGCUUAAGCAUCCUCAGAUCCAGAAGAAGUCUCAGUACAUCAAGUAUCUGUGCUGCGAUGACAUACGAACUCUCCAACAGUGGAUCAACAGUAUCCGCAUCACUAAGUAUGGGAAGCAGCUGUACAUCAACUUCCAGGAGGCUAUGAGACGGUCGGAGGCGGCCUACGACUGGUCGUCUCUCUCUUCCUCCUCUAUCAAGUCUGGAUCCAGCUCCUCCAGCCUCCCAGAGUCCCAGUCCAACCACUCCAGUCAAUCAGACAGCGGCGUGUCGGAGCUGAUGUCAUCAGGCCACACCCGCUCACAGAGUGUUGUCAGUUCCAUUUUCUCCGAUGCCUGGAGAAGAGGGACACAAGGAGAGCUGAUGAAGAUGGAUCCUAUCAGUAGGCCGAUCCCCCUCCAGAUACCGAACCUGUCCCCCCAGCCGCUCACUCUGUCUCAACCCCAGAUUCCACCCUCCCAGAGCCGCUACACCGACAGCCUCAUCCCAUCCGAUGACUCCUCUUCCCCAUCACCGCCCUCGCCUCCUCCACCUCCGCCGCCACCCCCAGUUGCCAGUGUGGCCCACCAGCCAACACCUGCCUCCUCAUAUGUGAAGUACAGCACGCUGGCUCGCUUGCAGAGUCAGAAACAGCCCAGGACGCAGCAGGCCGGGCCAACACUUUCACCCUCCCUUCCCAUUCAAACCCUCAAACCCAACUACAACACCCUCCCAGCAGCGUACAGCACCUCCCCUCCGAUGCCACCCUUUCCCCCCCCUCCUCCUCCUCCCACAGCGCUGGCUCCCGGCUCAGCCAUGGCGGUGCUUAAAUUCAGUCUGCCGAGUCCCUCCGCUCACCCGCCACCACCACUAGAGGGGGUGGACAUGCAGGACCCGUCGUACCCCCCGCCUCCUCCACUUGAGAGUUUGGAAGCCAACGGGUUGCUGCCUCCUCUGCCUACAGACUCCUGCUCACAGCUCUCCAACAUCGGCCUCCAGCAGUUCCUGGCACAGAAGUUUCCCAACAUGGUGUACGACUUCAGCUCACAGGCAGUGCAGGACAAUCUUCCUCCACCUCCGGGCGAGCUCUCUCCUCCAGCCUCCCUGCAACUCCUCAGGCCUCUAUCUCCCAACGCACCACCACCUGCACCUCCCAAAACCUUUACGGGUGGGUUCCCCCCUCUGACGGCGCCCAAACCGUCAGACCCCUCAUCACUUCCCAUCACCCUCUCACCUGUGUCCCCGACGCAACAGCACCUUGGACAUGGGACGGUUAGGAAGCAGCAAAGCUUUUCCACGGGACACUCCCCAAAUCAGCCUCCUCCUACUCUGCCGAAGCAGCACAGCCUCUCCUCCAAAAAUCUCACCAUCUCUCCUUCCUCCUCUUCUUCAUCUGUCUCUAUUGCAGCCGCCACCUCUUCUCUGGUAAAACAGAUCGUCAACCAGUUCCCCGGUAACACCGCUCCUUCCUGUAUGUCAGCGUCCAGCUCCAUGGAAGGAUCCAAGUUCGCUGCUCCUCAAUCUCCUCCAGCCAUUAAGGCCAAACCAAAAUGGCAACCAGGAGGCGUCAUAGCUCCACAGUCACCAGAGUUCCCACCACCUCCUCCUGACAGCUCCGUGGGAGAUUUCCCUCCUCCUCCAUCUUCUAAGUCGGGCUCCCCGAUAAAUAAGUCACCUUCCACCUCGUCCAUGGGAUCUACCAAGCGGGGGCCACCGCCGACCCCCCAAAGGGCCUCCUCUAUCCGCUCUGGCUCAUCUGGCGAGCUCCAGGAUGAGCGGCCCAAGAAGGUGGAGAGUCUGGUCAGUAAAUUCGGCCAAGUUCCUCAGACAGGAACCUCCUCCAGCUCCUCGUCUGCGACGGGCUCUCCUUCCAAAGACUCCUCCUCCCUUCCCACUCUGCCCAAACCAGGGAAGCUGAACUUGGCAAACCUGCCACUCGCACUGCAGAGCCUCCAGACCACCCAGCACCACCAGUCCAAUGACUUCUCAUCGCCACCCCUGACAUCCCCCGCCCUUCCUCCCCAUCUCGACUCCUCACCCGACUACUUCCCACCUCCUCCAAGCGACUUUGAACUUUUCCCUCCCCCUCCGCACCCGUCAGAGUUCCACCACCCACCGAAGGUCGCUGUGGUGAACCCCCAGCCUCAGAUGCAGCCACCACCAGAUUCCGACAACUCCUUGUUAUCGUCGUCAUGGAAGCAAGUCUCACUGAAGAAGGGCGCAGUUCCCCCGCCAACUCUGAACCGUCGCACCAGCGGCAUAACGUCAUAUGACAUCACGCCUUCACUGUCUGUCUCGUCUCCACCCCUGUCUCAGACUUCACCUCCCUCCCUGUCUGCUUACUCCUCCUCCUCCUCCCCUGUACCCCCCACCUCCCUAAAAUCGAUGGGACCAGGCUCCCUGACGCUGAGGCCCCACUUCCUGGAGGACCUCAACCGAACCCUCAAGAGAAAGUCUGUGUCUCGCCACAGCUCCCUCACCUCGUCCCAUCUUAUCGUCUCCUCAAAGAUGGAGCCCAUGGGCACCAUGGAUGACAUGGCGCUCCUCCCACCACCUCCCCCUGAGCUCCUCCUGCAGCAGCAGCGGCAUGGAGGGGCCCGAGGACACUCCCAAACUUUGUCUCGCCACCACACGCGCUCCCACUCCGGCAAACACGCCAGCAUCUCAGGCUAUGCAACGCUGCGGCGAGGCCCCCCCCCCACUCCGCCCAAACGGGACCAAAGUACCAAACUGACCAGUGAUUGACAGUGGGAAAGGACACAGUGGGGCAGAACCUAACAAACUGAACUGACCAAUCAAGUCUCAUUGUUCCAGUCAACAUCUGUCUUGACUCUCUUUAUCAUGAAUCCCUUGUAGCAAGCCGUGUUUCCUCUUUAUGUCAGAUUGCUAAUAUUAAUCUCAUUGUUAUUGUU